GACGGACGACGAGGGGUACUCUGACUUGUGAACAAAAAUUUUUUUCCUCGUACCCGAGUUAUUCGAGUUUAUCGAUUAUUUAUAGUUUCUAGUUUCCCGUGUUUUUAGUGAACGAUCGAUCACAUUAGUAAAUAGUAAUCUUAUCAUGUUGUGUUAGUUAUUCAAUCGCAUUUGUGAUGUUGCCCGAAAAUGGUUUGUAUAGACGAAGUAGUUGCUUACUUCAAAACACUUAAAAGCUACGAACGGCUUUGGAUGAUGUGUAGACUCCAAAGCCACUGUCUUCCAAUUGAAUUGAGGUACCUCGGCACUUGUUUAGAUAACUUGUCUAAAAGAGAUAUUCACAUAUUGAAAAAAUUGGAACUUGAAGCCAACGAUCCAGCCAGCGUUAGUGAAGUAGCUUGCAAGUGUAUUUGCGAUAAAACUGUUAGGGCAGCGGUUAUCAAGUAUUUAUCUGUAUUAAACACUAAUAGUACAAAGUGUUCUGAACUAAUUUAUAAAGCGCUAACAGACGACAAAGGUCUAGAACGUAUAUUUAAGUGUCCAAAAGCGUUCUUUAACGAUAAAAACGCAUUUGAGGAGCUUAUGGUAUUGUACACAUUAGCUGUAAAUCAUCCAGCAUUCAUAUUUGAACAAAAAACUCAAUUAGAUAGCAUAUUCAACUGUAUUAAGAAAGAAAAAGAGAGACAACUAUCCAAAAAGAAAGGCGGUGAUCUAGACAAAGAAUCUUCUGAUAUUUUGGAGAAUAUCAACACCAUGAUUCCACCACCCAACUAUAUGUAUCAGCAAACUCAAGGAGGAUCGAAUUAUCCUCUGAAUAGAAAUGGAUAUUUAUAUCCACGUCAUUAUUAUCCGUUUCCUCCUGUGAAUGUUCCACCAAUGCAAGUUUGUUAUGACUAUCCACCACCAACAGCAGUUUCAGGAAUUAGAGGACCACAUCAAGCUAAUUUUUCAAAAUCUCCAAGCCCAGUUUCAUGGCCUCCACGUACAUUCCAAAUAAAUCCACGUAAUCAACCACCAAACAUAAACUCAAAGCAAAGACAUCCUACUCCACCGAGAUAUCGUAAUCCUUCAGAUCCUAGUUAUCCAUUUUCACAAACUUGGAAUAAUUGGAACAUGUACCAAAUGUCACCACAUAAUAUGUAUGCCAAUUAUAAUUAUACACCAGGCAUGGUCCCUUCUUUUUAUCCUGAAAAUCCCAUGAGUCGUAACUAUCAAGGACACGGGACAAAAACUAAACAUUCAACUGUCAAUCGACAUCAAGAUCAAUGUAAAAGCCAAAUGCCGCCGCCAGCGCCUGUGUCUACUUCUCCAAAUAAGGUUGAUACUGUUGUGAAGAGUAAGCCUCUUUUAACAAAUGCCACAUUAAACUCUACAAUUGAAAACGAACCUAUUCUUGAAACACAUAAUCAGAUGCCAUCGUCAUCAAAAUCUUCAGAAGAUUGUAGUCAAAGUAGCUCUUAUAAAUCUAUUAAUUCAUCUAUUUCGGAUAAAAUGUCGGGAGCUUCUCCUCAGCAUGCAGUUCAGGGUAACUCUAAUAAUGCAAGUCCAAAGUUGCUUCAAUCUGAAAACCAAUGUCAAAAUGGUAGUGCAAAAGUGUGUAACUUAAAACUUACUCUUGAAAACAAGAUAAAAACAGACAAUGGUGGACAAACCAUUUCUACAAUUCAGCCAACACUACCAAAAACAAACUCACCACCUAUAAAUUCACAACAAACACUCUGUACUUCAGAUACAAAUCAGCAAACAAUUGCUACAUUAGGGCUUCCUAGAAGUGAAUCCAUAAAAAAUAUUGAUCUCUCUACUCUUUCAUCUGUGUUGGAUGAUGGUAAAAAUAAAGAGGAAAAGUCUAUUGCUGAGCCAAAUGAACUAAUUGAAGAAAAGUCCAAAUCUAAUUCUGAACACAGACCACAAAAUACAAAAAUUCCAUUGCAACUUGAAACUAACACAACAAAAGUAUAUGAAGUUAAAGAACCAAUAGCUGGUGCUAGUGCAAAACCAAUGACUACUUCAAUAACCACUAGUUCAUAUAAUGCGCAAACCAGUAAAUAUUAUAAGGGUCGUCCAAUACAAUCUCAACCAAGGACUUCACGCGAUGGAAAUAUAAAUAAUAGUUAUAAUAGAAAAUCUAUGGCAGGAGGACUUCCAGUAUCAUCCUUCAAUGAACCGGGUAGGGAAAAUAUGCAUAAAACUCAUCUUAAAGUACCUAAUAAUGGUCAACAAUAUUAUACUAUGGCGUAUGAUAAUGGAGCAAGUGCUCGAGGUUAUAAUACUCAAGCAUAUUAUGUUCAUCAACCUCAAACUUCUCAACCAAUGUCAGGUUUUUCUCCUAUGCCACGACAAUAUAUACCGCAACAACAUGUUGUUCAAUCACCUGAGUAUCAGCAAGUUUACCAACAACCUACUGAAUUUGUUUAUUAUCCAUCUUCUUCACAAACAUUUUAUACUACUACACCCGUCUUAAUGCAACCUCAAGUGUUAGCAUAUCAUCCACCAAAAGUAUCAUGCUAUAAUUGUGGAGGACAGAAUCACACAGGAGCUGAAUGUACUGAAUUGACAAUGGAAGAAAUAACAAGUAAAGGUCUAUACGAACAUCAUUAUGGACCAUCAAUGCCAGAUGGCAGACCCCGGAAUUGACAGUUAUACUGGAGCAAUUGUUAUUCAUAAUCACAACAUACAGGAUGACUUGAGACUUCAAGGAUGGUGAAACUACCAACACCCUCUCCUAUAGUAUUAAUUUUAAUUUAAUUUAAAUGAUGAUUCCUCGAUUCGUUACCUGUUGUUUCCAAAUAAAUAAGACUGGGUAAUGUUUUUCUUCCAUAUUAGUAUUUUUUAAAUUAAUAACGUUAGCAGUAUGAUAAAAAAAAAUAAUGUAAUAUUAAAUGUAAUCAAACCCUUUAAAUUUAUAACGACCUUGUCGUUUCCCUUUAUUUUAAAUUAUUUUCACCAGUCAUAUAAUAAUCAAUUCUUGAUAUUAUUUCUAACUUAUUGAAUCGUAGAUCCUAUAAGUGUUUCACAUCAUUUCCCUUCCCUUAAAUUAUAUCUUAUCGCAAAUGAAAUGUUUUCAACAAAACAGUUGCGAUAGAGAUUUUUAAAUGUUUAAUUUAAUAAUUUAUACUAUUUGUAACAUUCCCUUUUUAAUUUGACACCACUUGUGUAAACUGGUACCAUUUUAAAUAUUUUUGUCUAAAAUUACAAA